AUGUUGUGGAAAUCCCAUGUUCUUGUCCUUCUUUGCCUGCUACUCACCAAUCAUGUGGUUUCAGCCCAGUACCAUGUCAUCAGCCGGGACGAAGUAGAUGCAGUUGCUGUCCAAGCUGCCAACAUUUCCAGUGACAGUGGCAACAACAGUACCUUCGAGGACCAAAGUGAGGGCCCUUUUUAUUCCGAGCAACAAGGUGUUGGCCAGCGAUGCGGACGUAGGAAUACUUGUGGAGAAGGCCUUACUUGUUCCAAUGACUUUUCUGCCCUUCGAAAGAGGUGCUUCCCGGACAGGGCAUGUCUCGAGCAGGUUGUGAACAGCUUUCGUUUGGAUCUAGAGGUCUGGAAAGAAUCCAUUCUCACUGCUGCCUAUCUUGAUGAAAGUGACCUUGUUGAUGCAGCCCGUGAUGCUCAGAAUCCUGAAGAGUUCCAGCAGAGUGCAACAUAUCUCGACUUUCUGGAUGCCUUCAAUGCCCAACCACCACCUCACCUCACUUCAUUGCAAGAAGCUGCUAAUGACUGUAUUCCCAAAGCCCCCAGCACUGAAGGCACUGUUGUGUACAUGGGACUUCACAUUGAAGUGAGUGCGCUUGUAGACCUUGCCAUGUCUAUUUUCUGGGCCCUUGGAGAUGCUCCUACACCAAAUGACUUCAUUCGAGGAACCUUUGGAGCUGAACUGGGUGCUGGAGCUGAAGUCUCAAUGUUGAUUGGAUUUGCCUUUACUGGAACCACACAGGAUAUUUUGGGAGGAUCAGUUGUGACCGACCUAGAUGCUGCAGUUGGAGUUGGGAUUGGAACUGCUUUGGUGUCAAAUCUCAAUGGACUCUAUUCCCUGGAGUUUACCAUAGGUGUAGGCCUUGGUGCUGGCUUUGGUAUUGGAUAUGGCAUCACUGCUCAAUGUUCUGAAUCCAACCAGCCAACCAUCUCCCCCAGCAUGUCCCCUUCAGUUCAACCAAGUUCAAGACCCAGCAGCAUGCCAAGUUCAUUCCCAUCGGUGCAGCCCAGCGAUGGUCCUAGUAGCAACCCCAGCAGUGCACCUUCUGCUCUACCAAGCUCAAUCCCAAGCAGCAUGCCAAGUUCAUUCCCAUCGGUGCAGCCCAGCGAUGGUCCUAGUGGCAACCCCAGCAGUGCACCUUCUGCUCUACCAAGCUCAAACCCAAGCAGCAUGCCAAGUGCAUUGCCAUCACUCAUGCCCAGUGCAUUGCCAUCACUCAUGCCCAGUGCUGAUCCUAGUAGCAACCCAGCAGUGCACCUUCUGCUCUACCAAGCUCAAACCCAAGCAGCAUGCCAACCCAGUGCCCUACCAAGUCUCACUCCCAGCAGGGAGCCUUCUGUCCUGCCAAGCUCUGGUCCAUCUCUUAGUGCACAACCGAGUGAAGUUCCCAGCCGCUUGCCUAGCAGGGAGCCUUCUGCCCUGCCAAGUAUGAAUCCAUCUCUCAGUUUGCAACCUAGUGAAGUUCCCAGUCGCAUGCCUAGCAGCUUGCCUUCUGCUAUGCCAAGUAUGAAUCCAUCUCUUAGUGCACAACCUAGUGAAGUUCCCAGUCGCAUGCCUAGCAGCUUGCCUUCUGCUAUGCCAAGUAUGAAUCCAUCUCUUAGUGCACAACCCAGCAGCAUCCCUUCUGCAAUGCCAAGUAUGAAUCCAUCUCUCAGUGCUCAACCCAGCUUGAUCCCUUCACUCAGCAUCAAACCAAGUCGUACACCAUCUACUUCACCAAGCAGCAUACCUUCAGUCAGUAUUAAGCCCAGUAGAAGUCCAAAAUCUGGGGGAAUACUUGAGAUUUGUUUUACUUCACUGAUGCCUGCCACCAGCGAUGUGACUGUUCAAACUUUUGUGCGGGGUGAUUUGGAUCUUAAUGAUGAGUUCUAUGAGGUAUUUGACCAAGAUGGAACUUCCUUGGGUCAAAACCCUAGUGGGAGUGCUACUCAAUGCUCUGCAGCUUAUACACAGGACGAUUUUACUGUGGCACAGGCUACCUUCAACACUUGGGUAGCAACUGGCUUUGUCAGUUUCACACUGGAUGCUUCUUCAACGGUGAGCGCCUCAAUAGGUAGCUGCACUGGCCAGAAUGAUGGGUUCAUAAUUCUGGUCUAUUCCACCAGGUAA